AUGCGAAACGAUGACUUGAACGAGAAAUUCCCAAAUCUGACCAUGGUAUCCUGCGAGGGCCUGGGUUUGAUGCACCAGCGAGGCAGGCGAAUCCCGCCACCCGCCAUGCCCAACCCCGGAUCUACCAGCAUACAGUGCAGACAACCGGGCCUUGAAAACUGGACCUGGUUUUCCGGGGUUGAUAUCCAGCCUUUUGAUUGGUGGUUUCACUCUACGCCCCAGGAACUCAACCCGCGUUUUGACAAGCUCGCGGCCGGGGCGUGCGCGGAACAAAAGAGCUAA